AUGCAGACUUCUACCUUUACCGUGCUUCUGCUUGCGAGUGUCGCUGCUCUGCAGGUCGCCGCUUCAGCCCCGCGUUGUGAUCUUCAGUAUGACGGCAAGGCGGGUCUCAAAUCCACCUCGGGCUGCCCUGCGUACCCCGUCGAGAACCAUUGGACUCACUGCUGCAUCGUGCCCAUGUCGCACUUCGACGCUUUUCACCCCAAGCCAGGCAACUAUACGGGCGUUUGUGCGGUUGACCCAAUGCUUGGCCCGGAUACGCUCGACAUCUGCAAGCCGCUUAAAGAGCGUGGGGAGCAGUCGGAUUCUCAGGAUCCCAUCGAGUCCGACUGGACGCUUCCCUGA